UAUGCAUUAGACUGGGUGUAUCCAUCAAAAAAAUGAUAUACAAUAAUGUAUGUAUGCGUAUUAUCUGUUUAGCGUAUAAGUACACAUUGCAUUAUCAACGAUUUAAAUUGAUAAAAAUCGAUUGAUAUCCAACCAAUCUCAUUCAUUAUAAUAAUAAUCAUAAAUGUUUAUUUGUUAAUUAACUUUAUCUAAUUAAAUGAUAGAAAUUUAUUUAUUUCAUUAUUAAAAAUAAUUAUUUAUGAAUUUCGAUAAAAACAAUUCAAUCAAACUUUCUUACUAAUUUAAUAUGUGUGAAAUUAUUAGCAAGCAGUACAAUCUUCAGUGAUUAUUGCUAACAGCAAACAACAAAAACAACAAGAAAAUCAACAACAACAACAACAAGAACAACAAGGAGAACAACAAUAAGAAAAUCAACAACAAAAACAACAACUAGAAAACCAACAACAACAAAAAACGACAGUAACAAAAUCAACAACGAUAAAAAACAACAAUAAAAUCAACAACAACAUGUUGGCACAUUUUGAAAUGGCUGAUAUUUUAAUAGAACAAUCGAAAUUAUUUCAUCAAUUAUAUCAUGAUAAUUUAAUGAAAAUGACUGCAAAAUUAGAUGAUUUUGAAAGAAUUCGUACAUUAGGACGUGGUGGUUUUGGUCAUGUUCUAUUAGUACGUCAUAUUCAUACUGAUAAAUAUUUUGCAUUAAAAAUACUAUCUAAAAUAAAAGUUAUUAAAAAUCAUCAAAUUAAUAAUGCUAUUAAUGAAAAACGUAUAUUAGCUGCAUGUAAUUUUACAUUUAUUAUACCAUUAUAUUAUAGUUUUAAAGAUAAUAGUAAUUUAUAUAUGGUUAUGGAAUAUGCAAUAGGUGGUGAAUUAUUUACAUUAUUACGUAAUAUGAAACAAUUUCCUAAUGAAAUGGUUAAAUUUUAUGGUGCUCAAGUUGUAUUAGCAUUUGAAUAUUUACAUUAUUUAACAAUAGUUUAUCGUGAUUUAAAACCAGAAAAUCUUUUACUUCAUUCUAAUGGUUUUAUUAAAAUAGCUGAUUUAGGUUUUGCUAAAUUAGUUCCUAAACAUAAACGUACAUGGACAUUAUGUGGUACACCAGAUUAUAUGGCACCAGAGAUAAUAUUAAAUAAAGGUUAUCAUAAUGCUGUUGAUUGGUGGGCAUUUGGUAUAUUAUUAUAUGAAAUGACUACAGGUUAUCCACCAUUUAUACAUCAUGAUCAAAUGAAAACAUUUGAAUUAAUUAUUAUUGGUGAAAUUAAAUUUACAAAUGAUUUUAAUCCAUUAUUAAAAGAUUUAAUAAUGAAUUUAAUACAAAUAGAUUUAAGUAGACGUUAUGGUAAUUUAAAAAAUGGUAUUAAUGAUAUUAAAAAUCAUGAUUAUUUUAAAGAUUUAAAUUGGUUACAAUUAUAUCAAUUGAAUAUUGAACCACCUUAUAAACCAUUAUAUAAUAAUAAAUCAGUAAAUAUAAAUCAUUUUGAUUAUUAUAAUGAAGUAAAUUUUAAUAUUUCUGAAAAAGAACAAUUUGAAAAUGUUUUUGAUGAUUUUUAAAAUAUUUUUUUCUAUUGAUUAAUUUUGUUUUAAUUUAUUUAUAUGGAUUGUAUUGAUUGCUUAAUUCAAUGUUAAUUAUGUUAUAAAAGAGAAAGAAAAGAAAAGAAGAAAAGAAAACAAUAGUGUACAAUAUCACAGGUAAAUUUUAUGUGAUAACAUAUUGAAGAGUAAAAUUAUAACAAUUAAAAAAUUGAACUGAAUUCACUAGAAAGUGAAUUAUUUCUCUUAUUUUUUAUUAGAUUACAUCAAAAUGAACAUUCUAUGUAAUUAAUGAAUCAUAUGCAUACAUAAUUUACUUUGUUUAUUACUUAAUUAGCUUACCUAUUUUCAGAAUACUUUCCUUAUUUGAAUUUUUCUUUAAGUGAAUAAACAUUGGCCUUUUUUCAUAAGCAUUCUC